AUGGCUGAAUCAAACAAAAAGUCUGCUGUGAAAGAGUGCGAACUGAAACACUGUCUGCUACAGAUGUAUAAGGCCGUGCUGACAGCUUCAUGCCUGCUAUGUCCCAGUGACCCGAUACAGUUUCUGAAAAACACACUGACGGCCUUCCAGGGACAUGAUAAUCUUCAGCAUGUUGACUGGCAUGAGUUUGUUGCUGAUGUAGAGCAGCACUCUGCACCCGCCUCCCCGACACACAGGACUGUGGACGCUCUCUACGUGGACCCAGACGACACCGUGGUACAGUAUACUUCAAUGUAUGAGAAGGCGUACUGCUGUUACAGGAAAAACUUAACAAGAUCUUACUUCAGGAAGUGGAAGAGGUUCAGUACGCAGAGUAAGAGAGAUACCAUAGAGCUGGCUCUGAAGAUGGACGCGGCAAAGAAGUACUAUGAGAGGAAGUGCCAGCAGGCUGCUUUUACCAAAUGGACAAACUGUGUAGAAUUACACAAGAAGACACGGGCCGCUGCCCUGGAGAAACUUGAGAGACUUGUAAACGCUGACUGCCUUAAGCGCGUUAUAGCUGCAUGGCAUAAUGUUGCAAAGGACUCAAAAAGGAAAAAGGAUCACUUUAAGAGGCUCUCAAUGGAAAACAAAGUCCACCAGUUCGGAGAAGUUUUUGACGUACUCUCAGUGCUCCCUAAAAGACUCUCACUGAAGAUCUUUCAGUAUUUGGGUUUGCGAGACUGGAUAAACUGUGCUGAGGUGUGUUGCACUUGGAAAGCUAUCAUCCAGUCAGGCACACUCUGGACUCAGAUCAACUGCUCUGUGGAGAAAGGCUGGAUAACAGACCGCCUGAUGAUGCAGAUUCUGCAGAACUACAGCCCAUUUGUGAUCUAUCUCAACCUGCGUGGCUGCACGUCUCUAAAAUGGCCCAGCUUGAAAUGUAUCAGUGAAUGCAGAAAUCUCCAGGACCUCAAUUUGUCCGAGUGUUUAAAUGUUACAGAUUCGAUGGUCCAGAGAAUUGUCGAGAGCUGUCCCUGCCUGCUCUACUUGAACCUGUCUUGCACAUUCAUAACAAACACAACUCUAAGAGAGCUGUCCAGGUACUGUGUCAACCUUCAGUACCUGAGUGUCGCCUACUGCAACAGACUCACAGAUGAAGGCUUUAUGUACCUGACCACGGGAAAGGGCUGCCACAAGCUCAUCCACCUCAACCUGUCCGGCUGCACUCAGAUGACUGUAGAUGGGUUCAGAUACAUUUCUGCCGGAUGCCCUUCGCUGAGGGAGAUUGUGAUCGAUGACAUGCCAACGCUGUCAGACAGCUGUGUCUUGGCCCUAACUGCCAGAUGUCGCUGUCUGUCUGCCAUGUCUUUGCUGGAUGCUCCUCAUCUUUCCGAUGUUGCCUUAAAAGCCAUCGCUGAAGUCGCCAAGCUGAAGAGUUUCAGGACAGAGGGUAACAACCAACUCACUGACAUCAGCUGGCAGGCCCUGUGCAGCAGCUCACAAGGCCUCCGCCGCCUCCACGCUGCAGAAUGCUCCAGAAUGACCGACUCCAGCCUCAAGUCCGUGGCCAGUCUCAAGAACCUGCAGCACCUGGACGUCUCACUUUGCAACAAGGUGAGUGAUACUGGGAUCAAGUAUCUGACUGAAGGUUCCUCCACCAACCAACUGAGAGAGCUGAAUGUCAGUUGCUGCAGUCGCAUCACUGACACAUCUGUCAUGAGGAUUGCACGAAAGUUGUGUAAAAUGUACCACCUUAACUUAAGUUAUUGUGAGCGACUGACUGACACGAGUCUGGAGUGGCUGAGCUGCAGCUCUAUCUGCUCUCUUGACAUCAGCGGAUGCAACAUACAGGAUCAGGGGCUGGCGGCUCUUGAGGGAAUCCGCUUGAAGCAGAUAUUUCUGGCCGAGUGUGUCUACAUCACAGAUAUUGGCAUAGAGACGCUGUGCAAGAACGGGAGCGACCUGGAGCAUGUUGAUGUGUCUCACUGUGUCGCUCUGUCAGACGCGGCCAUCAGAGCGAUUUCAUUUUACUGCAGAGGUCUAAGCACACUACGGAUGCCGGGGUGUCCCAAGAUGACGGAUAUGGCGGUGCAGUAUCUGACAAGUGGAUCUCAGUACCUGCGAGAGCUUGAUGUGAGUGGCUGUGUUCUCCUCACAGAUCGCAGUCCUCGACACUUGGAGAAGGUCUGUCCUCCACUCGUCUCCAUCACGAUGGCCUGCUGCAGCAUCUCCAGGGUGGCCGCCUUAAAGCUUCAGCCACAUGUGGAGCACUGGGAGCACAGCAACGACUACCCUCCGCACUGGCCAAAUAGUGCAUCCAAAAUCAUCAUGACUGAUGACACCUGGGAAGUAGUAGAGCAGCACUCAGUGACGACAAGAGCAGCACACACAAAAAGGAUAUAAACAGAUGUCAAAAACAGAGCCCUAAGUUAUAAAAGCAGCAUUUUGACAGUUACUGCAAUCGUCAUUUUUGGGACAUUAUUGUCUUUAACGAGACAUUUUGCAUGAUGCACUUGAGAUAAACGACACAAGAAUGAAUCACAUGGAUAAAAAUCCCAAAUCACUGGUUAAUAAUCAGAAUCAGACCCAGAUGUCUGGAUAGAGACGCUGUUUCAGCUGCUCACUGACACGUCCGGCUCCUGACAGCUGAACGUCCUGCUGCUCUGGUUUAAGUUUGAUCCACUAGAUCACUUUUUGCUCCUGCAUAAUUUAAGGAUGCACCAAUUGCAAAUUUCUGUUCCAAUACCAAUACAAUGUUUAAAAUAAAAAUUUGUCCAA